UAGCACCAACACAUGCCACAAAUCCCAAGGAGAGGUCAUGGCUGUCGCAUCCGCUGCGCUCUUCCCCGUCGCAUCCUCGUCGCACGCUCUCGCAUUCCCUCGCUUACUAGCUUCGUCGCACGUGACCCAGCACCGUUCCCUUCCGCCAUCUCGCUCCCGUCCGAGCGAGCCGCGCUCCCCCCAUGGCGCGCAUCUGCUCUCCGCGCACUGCGCCCACCGCUGUCUCUCUGCUCCCCGCCUUGAUGCCGCCAGCAGCGGCGGUUUUGCGCGAGCGCAUCUAGCUCGAUGGAAGCAGGUUGAGGCGGAGGCUGGUUGCGGGGGAGGGCGGAAACGCGGCGGAUGGGAGGGGGUGGGGGGAUUAAGAGGCGAGGGGCAAUGGGCAUGCGACGGGCGACGGAUGAGCGACGUGCGGUGGGUCUGCGACAGGCGGUGGCUGUGCGACGGGCGAUGGCUGCAUGAUGCCAUACAACCGGAGAGCUCGUUACAAGCAGCCUCGAUAGGAUAUUCAAAACAAAUUCAAGGUAGCGGAGGGCCACGAGCGGCGAUGGGUGCGCGGAGCGAACUCCUGCUUGGGCGGAGGGGAGAAGCGCCGCCAGCGCGCGGACAGACACUGGGGCGGAGAGGGGCGAGAGAAGCAGGUGGCGUGGGAAACAUGGGGGGUGGUGCGGAGGAGAAUAGCCAUGAGGGCAACAAUCCAGAGGGCAGGAGGCGGCGGAAGAGAAUGCAGGCGGAGAUGACGGGCAGCAAAGGGGAGAGUAGCAGCGGAAGUUGGAGCGCGGGGGGAAGCACAGGGGGAGGGGUGAGGGAGGAAAUGGUGGUGCCGUCAGCGGCAGUGCUGCUGCUGCAGGGGCUAACGGCAGAGGCGAGGUGGGGGCUGCUGGAUGCGUGCACGCAGGCUCUAAUAGAACAGGCCAGUGCGAUCGACAGGAAGGCGCGCCAGCUGUCGCGACAGGACUGGUCCACGUAUUGCACGGACGUGAUAGGCCGGGCAGUGCUGAUGUCAGCACGCCAGUGGCAGCAGCAAGUGAUGGGCGGCGGCAGCGGCAGUGCCAGCAGUAGGAGGGAGAGAGAGCAAGGGAGCGAGUUGGCACGGAGAGGGGGUUUGUUGGGUGAAGAGGAACGGCUGCUGGCAGGCAGGGGUUGGGGGGGCGAGGGGCAGAGGGUAGGGGCUGCAGAGGCGGAAGCGGUGGCAGUGAGUGAAUGGCAAGCGAGGGAGUCGUGGGUGCGAGGGGAGGCGGUGAGGGGGGCGGUGGAGGGCGGCAGAUGGGCACUGUACUGCCAGCUGAUGGACAAUCUCAGAUUCAACCAGCCAGGUGGAUCUGAUAGCCGUGUCGCUGCUCUGGUGCUGGACGACCUAGUGGUUGAGACAGCAGAGGCGGCCCUAAUGGCAGUGAUAGAGGAGGUGAGCAGAGAGGAGGGCGGGGAGUGGACGGGGCUCGCCUUGACUGGGUUUGACUCCCUUGAAGAAGACUACAGCGAUGGGAACAGGCAGGAGGGCGAUAUGGGGCGAAAUGGGAGCACAGGAGGUUGGCUGGGGGGGAGGGAGGGGGGGGAAUGGGAUUGGGGGAGCAACAGCAGCAGCAGCAGCAGCAGCAGCAAUAGCAGCAGCAGCAGCAACACAAGGAGGGGUGUGAGCAUGGGUGCGGUGCUGUCGUUGUUUCGAGAGGAGUAUCGGUCGUCCCGCCGCUUCGACAAGUUCAGAAAUGAGGUGGCGCUGCGCAAGUGGCUGCAUCGCAAUUUCACAUCUGUAGUCGCCAUUUUCGAAGACCGCUUUCAGCUCUGGGGGCUCCGCCGAUCCUCGCCCCUCCCCACGUCAACCCCUCGCACCUUAGGCAUCCCCACCGUUUCCGCUGCUCUUCUCCACCUCUUACCACACUCCCUGCCCUCCUCGUCCUCUCAGCAGCCUGCGCAGCUGCAUCCCGUGUCUUUUCCCAACGACUUCAGCAGCACGCCCAGUGCAAGGGACCCCCGGGGCUGGCUGCAGCAGCUGCUGGGGAGGAGGCCGGGCAGUGAUGCAGCAGCAUUGGGGCCGAGUGAUGGUGCAGCAGUGCACGUGGUGGGGGCAGGGGGGCGGGUGGGUGGGCCCGUGGGUCUCAUUCGGCGGAGCGUGGUGGGAAACAGACGGAGGGAGCUGCGACAACUGAAAGGAUGGAAGCUGCUGGUGGUGCUGGCAAUGGAGCUGGCGGAUUUGCUCCUUCCCCUCAUGAAGGCCGCCAUCACAGCAGCAGGCAGAGCCAUCUCCUUUCUCCUCGUCGCUCUCAUCGGUCGGUCCCUGGGCCUCAUGUACCGUGGCAUAAUGCAGAGUUGGGGUGAGGCACUCUAGUUUCACAGAUUCACUGAAUUAACCUGUACAGCCCCGCUAGAAGUUUGAGCUUCAGGAUUUGUUCGAGCAAAAUGUAUCACGAUUCAUACCCUAAAAACAUGAAGUACAUGUCAGAAACUAGCUUAGCUAGGAAGCCAUAGAAUGGCACAAGGUUUAGCUAGGAGCUAGGAGGAGCCAUGAGAAUGGCUAGUGGUGAUUGCAAUGAUCUCCCAAAUGUAGAGCGUAAAAUAACAUUGAAUCAAUGGU